AAAAUGAAAUUCAACAAAUGGAAUUGUUGAAAAAUAUCACCAUAGCCAUGCAAUUACAACGAGAAGAAUUACCAAACGAGACUAUUCAUCUAAACUUAAAUCAAAUGAAAAAUAUUACGGAAAACGAACUUAAGAAAUUGGAAUUACUGAAAAAUAUUACCAUAGCAAUGCAGUUACAACAAGAACUGCCAAAUGAGACCAUACAUUUAAACUUAGCUGAAAUGAAAAACUUGACGGAAAAUGGAAUUGAGAAAAUGGAGUUGCUGAAAAACAUUACAUUAGCUAUGCAAUUACAACGAGAAGAAUUACCAAAUGAGACUAUUAAAUUAAAACUAGAACGGAUACAAAAUCUAACGGAAAGUGAAAUAACGAAAAUGAAAUUGUUGGAAAACAUUACAAAAGCUAUAAUAUUGCAAAAGCAGGAAUUACCAAAUGAGACUAUUCGGCUAAAUUUAGAAACAAUGAAAAAUAUAACGGAAGCUGAAUUUAAGAAUAUGGAAUUGCUAAAAAAUAUCGCAAUAACUAUGCAGUUACAACAAGAAGAAAUGUCAAAUAAUUCUUUGUGCCUAAGCCUGAGAGAACUGAAUAACAUAUUCAUGAAAUUGCAACAGAAAGAAAAACCGAAUGAAAUUAUUAAGUUAAAUCUACAAAAUGAAAAUGGAAAAUUGAAGAAACAAAAUUUGCUGGAUAUUAUAACAAAAGCUAUGAAAUUACAAAGAGAAGAAACCAUAGAGUUACAAAACAGGAAACAACCAACCGAAAUUAUUCAGUUAAAUCUACAAGAAAAUAAUAAGAAAACUACACCUUUAUCUACUUCAUCUGUCCAGACUACAAGAAAAAAUAAUAAGAGAACAGCAACUUCAGGUAGUUCAUUUUUUCAGACUACAAGAAAAGAUAAUAAGAGAACUACAGCUCCGACUACUUCAUUUAUUCAGACUACAAGAAACGACAACAAGAAUCCAAAAUAUGACAUGUAUUCCUCAUACAGUGUAUAUCCAUCUGAUAGCAUGUAUCCAUCCUAUAGCAUGUACCAGUCAGAUGACAUGUAUCCAUCUUAUAGUAUGAACCCGUCAGAUGACAUGUAUCCAUCUUAUAGUAUGAACCCUUCAGAUGACAUGUAUCCAUCUUAUGAUAUGAAUCCAUCAUAUGACAUGUAUUCAUCAUACUUCUCAUAUUCCUCUAGUUACAUGUCUUCAACAUCAGACAUGUAUUCCACCGACGAAAGUGACUCAUAUGCAAAUGAAGAAGAUUAUACCACUACAACCACACCUGAUGGAAAUUCCAAAGGUAACGAGACAAUGAAAAAUAUGAAGAAGAAGAAGAAAGGUUUGCUUGGUAACAUAUUAGGUGGAGUUGGAAAUGUCUUACACAAAUUAGUGAAUGGCCUAGGAAUGACUCUUGGAGACGUGGUUAAAGGAUUAAAAAAUCUGCUUUCCGAUCUGGGAGAUGUCGUAAAAAAAUUACUUUCAGCACUUGGAUUAGCAUAAUGUUAAAUAAGACUUUUAUAAUACGGGUACACUUGUUUAUUUUAUAGCCAUCGUGUAAAAAUGUUUUAAUCA